UAUCAGAUCAGGAUCCUCCCUCUGUAACUCUGCUCUCAUCUCUUCAUCGUCGUGACUCUCAUUUCGUUGUUUAUUCUGGGUAAAUGGCCAUAAUCGCCGCUGUGACCCAUGAACAUGUUGAUACAUCUUCACUGUCAGAGCUUCUUGUUUAGAGUUGGACACUGGAGUAAACAGGGAUUUCUAAUCUAGCAUUUGAAACUGUCCAGUCCGAAGUCCCUCGCGGGGAUUGUACAAGGCUGAGAAGAGGAGAUAGUCUCCCUCUUCAGACCUAAUGCUAUAUAGCAUCACAUGGAAAUCAGCUGACUGCCCCCCCCCGCCCCGGUGCUCAGCAGGAUCAGCUGCCUAUCUGUGUUAGACUGUGUGUCAUGGAUCCUGAUAGCCGGGCAUGGAACGAAGCUGCCGCCGGCAUCUGGAUGUGACGAGGUCCCUUGCUCGCUCUCCCUCAUCCUGGCUCUGUUGCCAAGGCUACCGCACAGCCUCUUGCUGCAUAUAUAGACGAAGCUGCCGCCUGUGGAUCUCGCUCUCUCUCUCCUCCAGGAUACUAACAAAAGAAAAAAAAACAUCAGACUUGUAUGCCUUUACCUCUCUUCCAAACACACACACAUUUUAAAACACACACACACACAUUUGUAGAUCCUGCCUUUCCAAACCUCGCACCAUCCUUUUGCUCGUCGUUGUCCCUCACUGUCAGUCUGCCUCGUUCGCCCAUGCACACACGCUCCCAGACACCGGAGCAGUAAAGGGAUUGGCGUGGUGCUUGGCUCUUGGCUCCUGGGUUUUUGGCUCCGAGGGUGCAGAGCGGCAGAUGGCGGCGUGAAGACGGGCUCAGCCAGGUAAGAGGACUUAUCCUAACCAGACUUAAGGCUCAUGGGCGAGUGACUGUUCCAGCCUCCCUCUCCUCCCUCAUGUCUCUCCCUCGUCUCUCCCCUCCUCGGCUGUGCGACAUGAGGUGAAUACCAAUUCCUCAGCAAAGCACCCACGGUUCAUAUGGCUGCUGCGCUUCUCUGGCUGUAAAAAGAUUCGAACUCUGCGGCACAAUGGCUGAAAACGGCUGGUUGCCACACGAUGUAGGAUUUAACUUGAUCAUGUGAUCUGACUGUGUCCCACAGCUCCCUGCCAUCUAUCAUAGGGGAUCAUGACCCGCCGGCUGAGCAGCUCCACCCGUUCCCACACCGAGGACUCCAUCUUCCUGAGGCCCGACGAGGACCCGGUAUGGCUGGAUGAGCCCACCAAGACUGAGAAAAUAGGCGACCGCGCUCCAAAAAGAGACAGACUCCCAGGGCGCAGGGAUGGACCUGCGGGGGGCCAAAGCCCACAGGGACAGGAGGUGUUCAUGCACAAGGUGUACGCACUCUUGAUCGAGAUCCACUGCUGGGCUGCACUGUUUGCGGUCUCCCAAGUCACGGGGUACUUGGUGUUUUUUGUGCUUGAGGGAAACGGGCCGUUCUCCUCCAUCUUCAAAGCCCUGCAGGUCAUUGACUUCUACCUUGGCUUCAUCUUGCCCUUUCACCCGAUCUUUGGGAUGGAUUCCAUGGUGCUGGUGAGUGAGGUGGUGAACACCCAACAGAACAACUGGAUCAUCCAGGGCACUAGCGCCGUCGGUGUGGCCAUCUGUGUUAUCAUGGUCAUCCACAUGGUGUGUAAGUGGCGUUAUGGCACCGGCUUGUGGUCAUCGAGUACGGUAUCGAGGGACAUUGGUGAUCGACGCCAGUCGGUGAGCCGCCAGCCCUCCUUCACCCUUUCUGAGUGGACGGACGCUCAGGAGGAUCUGCUGGACCUCGACCUUAGCCCCCAGACGCCGGUCUUUGAAUUCGGCACUGACACCAGGAUGGAGGGGGAUGCCGCUACCCUCACUGUCACACCUGUCGGGCUUCAAGAGAGGAGGGGCUCCAACGUCUCCCUGACCUUGGACAUGUGUACGCCGGGCUGCACCGAGCCCUACGGCUACGGAGCCCAGCUGUCCCCGAGAGACCAAACGGCCAAGGAGUAUCUGCGACAGGGAACGCACAGCCUGACCCCCGCCAUGCUACACACACGGGCCAUGGAUGACGAGAACCUGCAGGCGGAGUUUUAUGAAACUCCCAUGAACUUUGUGGACCCAAAGGAGUACAACUACCCAGGGCUGGUGAGAAAGAAUCGCUACAAAACCAUCUUACCCAAUACACACAGCAGAGUGAAACUGAAUUCACUGGAUGAAGAGGAUUUCCUCACAACCUACAUAAAUGCUAAUUAUCUCAACGGAUAUGGGGGUGAGGAGCGUGCAUACAUCGCCACCCAGGGUCCCACCGUGAACACAGUUGGGGAUUUCUGGCGGAUGGUGUGGCAAGAGAGAACCCCGAUCAUUGUGAUGAUCACCAACCUGGAGGAGAAGAAUGAGAAAUGUGCUGAGUACUGGCCCGAGGACACCGUGAGCCAUGAGGGCAUCGAGAUCACUGUCCUCACGGUUACCCAGGAGGAUGACUACAGUCUGAGGGUGUUCACGCUGAAGUGUGACGGGGAGGAGCGCAGCCUGCAGCAGUACUGGUACACGUCGUGGCCUGAUCAGAAGACCCCGGACAAGGCUCCACCGCUGCUGGAGCUGGUACAAGAGGUGGAAAGGGCCAGAGAGGAAGCCCCGCCCUCCAGCGGCCCUAUAAUUGUCCACUGCAGUGCUGGAAUUGGUCGAACUGGCUGCUUCAUCGCCACCUCCAUCCUGUGCAAGCAGCUGAGGACCGAGGGUGUGGUCGACAUCCUGAGAACCACCUGCCAGCUCCGUCUGGACAGGGGCGGGAUGAUCCAGACGUGUGAGCAGUACCAGUUUGUGCAUCAUGUCCUCAGCCUGUACGAGAAGCAGCUGCCUCACACUGCUGAGGAGUAGAGGAGUGAGCGCUACAGCCAGACCGAGACACACCACUGUACACUGUACCGCCUCUGGUGGUAUGCACCACUGUACCUAUAGCGUCAUCUCAAUCUCACCCUUUAACAGGUCCAAACCAUGGUAAUCUCUUCACCCCCACGCAGGACUGAAAGGCUGACAGGAAAUCUUGUUGUGUUUCUUUGAUCAGGACGGACAUUAGGAAGGUGGGAUUUCAGACGGCCCUCCAAACAUUUCUAAUCACACACUUCAGUGUUAUUGAUCCACGCAGUCCUGGAGAGUCACAGCAGUCAGGCCCAUAAUCCAAGCCUGCGCUCAUGACAUCAUUUCAUCUGUACUGCUGAGUUUUUUUUUAUCAUAUCACUGUACAUGAGUCUCAGACAUCAAGGCCUUGUUUAGUACUUUGUGUGAUUUAGCCCCUCACACACUGUGUGUACAGACAUCAACUGGUUCAACUGGAGCUGAAGAUCACCUGCAGCGGCGUAAAAUCAAGUUUCAGUCACCCGAAGUUAUGUCGGUGAAAAGGGCCCUUCACUGUACGAGUGCCAGCAUAAACUAAAUAUAGGGAAAUUAUCAAAUGCCAGCCCUAUAUUUAUCUCUAUAUAGAUUCAAAAGUUAAUUUUAGAUAGGUUAUGUGACAUCCGGCUUUCUCUUCACAACUCAUUGAAUUUUAAUGUAAAAAAAUCAUUACACAAGGCCCGUUUGAACUUUUGAUGCAUUCAGGAGCCGCCUCAUCUUAAGGUUGCAUGGUGCUAAGUGUUCAUUAAAGGCAUGUGCAAUGUAAUGGAACAUAGGAAUGUAUAACAAUUAGGUUAUUGAUUAACUCAUCAGGAUAUCUGUGCAAUCUAAGAUAUUACAGUUUUUUUCCCAUUCUGCCUGUGCAGUCCUCACGGCCCAUGAUGUUUACAGUCGUCAACUCCUGCAUUACGGCCACAUAGAUGUACAUCCA